CUAUGUUUGAAACUUUAGAAAUAAUUGUCCCCCAAACAAAUUUAUGAUAAUUAUAAUUCGUUUGAAAAUUCUCUAUUUCUCGUUCUCUGAAUUAAACCACAAAUCCGUAAAUAUUCAUUAAAAAGGAUUGGCGGGUCCCGUUCUUUUCAAAUUCCCAUCGGAGUUGGCACGGAGGCACCAUCGCCGGUGGGAAACGCCUUAUGGCCAUUUCCUCCCUCGCCGGUGACAUCAACCAUUGCAACUUCUUCUUCUGAUCAAAACCGGACCUCCAACAAACCCUUUAUCAUCUCCUAUCUUCGAUACUUCUCUCUCAUUCAAUAUUGUUUGGUCAACGCAGCCAUAUCGAAGCAGAGUCGAUUUCGUGGCUACAAGAGCACCACGAGCUUCGAUUGAACCUGCAUGAUUUUGGCGGGGAGGAGAAGAUGGCCGACGACCAUGAAAUUUUGGAUCCUCUAAUACAGGAAAAACAGAUCACUCAAUGGCGUGCGUCGGGGUCAACCUCUGUUUCUUCAUCGUCGGAGGAUCCAUAUCCCGUCGAAAAUUCUCCUGUGGAGCAAGUUGCCCUUACAGUUCCGGUCACCGACGAUACGUCACUUCCCACGUUCACUUUCAGGACGUGGAUUUUGGGGAUAAUCGCGUGUAUGCUUCUGUCCUUCCUCAAUCAAUUCUUCUACUAUCGGAAAGAGCCUCUUCCAGUUACCUCAAUUUCCGCCCAAAUAGCGGUGGUUCCCAUUGGCCAUUUCUUGGCUUCCGCCCUAACUAACAAAGUAUUCUUCGAAGGGAAGAAAUGGAAGUUCACUCUCAAUCCAGGACCAUUCAAUCAGAAAGAACAUGUCCUCAUCACCAUCUUUGCAAACUCCGGCGCCUCUACUGUCUAUGCAAUUCAUGUCGUCAGUGCAAUCAAGAUCUUCUACAAGAAGGAACUCACCUUCUUUCUAGCGUUGCUCGUCGUGCUGACCACUCAAGUGCUUGGUUUUGGCUGGGCUGGUAUUUUCCGGCGAUAUUUGGUUGAGCCGGCCGCCAUGUGGUGGCCACAAAAUCUGGUUCAAGUAUCCCUCUUCAGGGCAUUGCACGAAAAAGAAGAGAGACCAAAAGGGAAAUUAAGCAGAAACCAAUUCUUUGUCGUUGCCUUCACUUGCAGCUUUGGUUAUUACAUUUUCCCUGGCUAUCUCUUUCCCAUGUUGACAUCAAUGUCCUGGCUCUGUUGGGUGUUCCCCACAUCCAUAAUCGCCCAACAGCUUGGCUCAGGGCUGCGUGGCUUAGGCAUCGGUGCCUUUGGUUUCGAUUGGUCCACCAUAUCAGCUUAUCUUGGGAGCCCUCUUGCCAGUCCAUGGUUUGCCACUGUUAACGUUGCUGCUGGUUUUGCCAUUGUCACUUACCUUGGGACCCCGUUAGCAUAUUGGCUUGAUCUCUUUAAUGCUAAGACAUUCCCCAUUUUUUCUGAUGGAUUAUUUACCUCCGCUGGCCAAAACUACAAUAUCUCUGCUAUAAUUGACCCCAACUUCCGUCUUGAUGUGGAUGCUUAUAACCGCGAAGGUCCACUCCGCUUUAGUACCUUCCUUGCUCUCUACUAUGGUGUCAACUUUGCCUGUCUUGCUGCCACUAUUGUUCACGUCUUACUCUUCCAUGGGAGAGACAUAUGGAGAUUAAGCAGGUCAGCUUUGCAAGAGAAGCUGAUGGAUGUACAUACAAAGUUGAUGAGAAAGUAUGAUCAAGUUCCUGAAUCGUGGUUCAUGUGCAUUCUUGUAGUUAACAUUUCAGUCACAAUUUUCAUAUGCGAGUACUAUAACAACCAGCUCCAAUUGCCAUGGUGGGGCGUUCUGAUUGCUUGUGGUCUUGCGAUGUUUUUCACUCUCCCGGUUGGAGUUAUCACUGCUUUGACAAAUCAGGCACCGUCAUUAAACGUAAUCACUGAAUUCAUUAUCGGUUACUUGUAUCCUGGCUACCCUGUUGCUAAUAUGUGCUUUAAAGUUUAUGGAUACAUAAGUAUGAAGCAGGCAAUCACAUUUUUGCAAGAUUUCAAACUCGGGCAUUACAUGAAAAUUCCUCCGAGAGAAAUGUUCAUUGCACAGGUCGUUGGAACAGUGGUAUCGGCAGUGACGCACUUGGGAACAGCCUGGUGGCUUAUGGCAACAAUCCCCAACAUAUGCGACCGAGCCAAGCUUCCAGCAGGCAGUCCAUGGACAUGUCCCGGUGACCAUGUAUUCUACGACGCCUCAGUCAUUUGGGGCCUUGUUGGUCCUCGUCGAAUCUUCGGGGAUCAAGGCCAAUAUGGAUCAUUAAACUGGUUUUUCUUAGCUGGAGCAGUGUCUCCUCUCUUGGUUUGGCUAGCACACAAGGCCUUCCCAGACAAGAAUUGGAUCAAGCUGAUCACCAUGCCGGUGCUCCUCGGUGCAGUGGUGAAUAUGCCACCAGCCACUGCAGUAAACUACACGAGCUGGAUUGUAAUAGGAUUUGCUUCAGGCUUUGUUGCUUACCGGCAUUACCGUGGGUGGUGGAGCCGCCAUAACUAUUUGCUAUCAGGAGCUCUGGAUGCUGGAUUGGCAUUCAUGGGUGUGCUUCUGUACCUUUGUUUGGGAAUGCAACAUAUAUCUCUUCAAUGGUGGGGUGGAGAUUCAGAUGCUUGUCCGUUGGCUUCCUGCCCUACGGCACCAGGAGUCAUUGUUAAAGAUUGUCCUGUCCAUUAUUAGUUGCUGGUAAUGGGAGGAAACAACAAUGCAGGGGCUUGAACACAGGACCUCCCUAGACCACCUGCUCUGAUACCAUAACAGAAGAAGCAGAAUUUGGGAGAAAAGAUUUACUGACUGUAGUAAAUUCUUUAUUUCAUAAUGUCGAAGAUAUUUACAUCAACCAAGCUUGGUAUUUAUAGAUGCUUGGCAGCAACUGAUAACUGUCUAACAGAUUAACUAAUACAACCGAAAAUAACAGAUUAACUAAUACAACUAAUACAACAGAAAAUAACAGUCUAACUACUUUUAUUGUUAAUAAUACCUAACACUGACUGGAUACUA